UUUUGAUCUGCAACUUUCUCUCUCCUAAUAAAUUUCACCUCACAAACAAAAUAAACAUGUCGAUUUCACUCUCCUAAUAAAUUUCACCUCACAAACAAAAUAAACAUGUCGAUUUCACAUGCAGAUCCAUCAAUUUCAUUCAGAUUGUGACAUGCAAUAAAUUUCAGGGAGAAAUUUCUCAUAAACAUUGCAGUUGACAGUUUUGAAGUGCGCAGAACUGCAUUGUACAAAAGAUGACUGGGAACCUCUCUGACAAUGGAAGUGAUAAUUUUAGCUGGAGUAGUGAUGAUGAGCUAGAGAAAGAGAAAGAAGUUUUUGAUUCUGGCUCGUCUUUGACUACCCUCCAUGCAGGAGCCUUUACUGGUACGGCUGAGGGAAGUUCCUCUUCCGGGCCUUCCUCGACAUUGUUUCGCCAUUUUGUUGGAGCAGGUUUCUCUGAAAAUUUGGUCGCCAAAGCAAUCGAGGAAAAUGGAGAAGGGAAUAUGGACUCCAUUCUAAAUGCUCUUCUUACUUAUUCGGCCUUGGAAAGCUCUCCUUCAGAUGGACCAGAUAUUGAAAAGCCUUCAGCAAGAGAGCAAAAUGGAGAUUUUGCUGAGAGAAUAAAUGACGUGUUUGGUCAUGUUAAGAAUGCUGACUCUGAUCAGAAGACUGAUGCUGAUUCGGAUUUCUGGUCCUCAGAUUAUGAAGAAAAUAUCCCUGAGGAUUUGUCUGAUUCAGAUACUUGUCUUGGAAUGGAGGAAACAUCUGGCCCUUUGUCAGAAAAGGAGCAGAAACUAUUGUUUUUGACCGACAUGGGUUAUCCCGUGGAAGAAGUCUCAAUAGCAAUAGAAAGAUGUGGUCCAGACUCCUCACUUGAAGAACUAGCUGACUUCUUAUGUGCUGCUCAAAUGGCGAGGGCAUCUGAUAGUACAUAUGUUGAUCCACCAAAACAACCAAAGCUUUUUAAGAAGAGGAAGCUGCUUGAGUACGAGUUAAAGAGAAAGAAGCAAAAGGGGCUUUUUGAAGAUGAAGAGCAGAUUCGCCUUCCCAAACCCAUGAUAGGGUUUGGAGUUCCUACCGAGCCAAGUCUUCCUUUUCAUAGAAGAUUACCAGAGACCGCCUUAGCUCCUCCGUACUUCUAUUAUGAAAAUGUGGCACUUGCUCCUAAAGGAGUUUGGGACACAAUCUCCCGUUUUUUGUAUGAUGUUGAACCUGAAUUUGUUGAUUCGAAGUACUUUUGUGCUGCUGCAAGGAAGAGAGGAUAUAUUCAUAACCUUCCAAUAGAAAACCGAUUCCCACUUCUUCCUCUUCCCCCUCGCUCCAUCCAUGAGGCAUUGCCCUUGACUAGGAAAUGGUGGCCACAUUGGGAUAUAAGAACAAAGCUUAACUGUCUGCAAACUGCAAUUGGUAGUGCAAAGCUGACAGAGAGGAUCCGCAAGGCUCUUGAAGAUUAUGAUGGUGACCCGCCUGUCCAUGUUCAGAAGUACGUGCUUGAUGAAUGUAGGAAAUGGAAUCUUGUUUGGGUUGGGAGAAAUAAGGUUGCCCCCCUUGAACCUGAUGAAGUAGAAAUGUUGUUAGGUUUUCCUAGAAACCACACAAGGGGAGGUGGAAUAAGCAGAACAGAUCGAUUUAAGUCACUUGGCAACUCAUUCCAGGUUGAUACAGUUGCCUACCACCUUUCCGUCUUGAAAGAUUUGUUCCCAGAGGGUAUCAAAGUGCUUUCUCUUUUUUCUGGAAUAGGAGGUGCUGAAGUUGCUCUUCAUCGUCUGGGCAUACCUUUAAAAACUGUUGUUUCAGUGGAAAUUGCUGAAGUAAAUAGAAAUAUUCAGAGGAGUUGGUGGGAACAGACUAACCAAAAAGGUAUUUUGGUAGAUAUUGCUGAUGUGCAGCAGUUGACUAAUGAUAGGUUGGAGCAGCUAAUAAGUUCUUUUGGGGGCUUUGAUUUGGUUAUUGGAGGAAGCCCUUGCAACAAUCUAGCAGGUAGUAAUAGGGUAAGUAGGGAUGGGCUCGAGGGUAAGGAAUCAUCUCUUUUCUUCGAUUAUAUCCGUAUCUUAGACUCAGUAAAGGGUAUCAUGGGGAAGAAACAAUGACCAAUUGUAAUCUACAUUUUUCCAGAUGUACUCUAUAAGCCCCUGGCUAUUUAAGCUCGAAUAGAGUAAUCUGAUAAAAUAGUUGUUUAACGUUCAGGGUCGUAGUUAAGUGUUAGUAUCAUCAUUGCUUUGAUAGAAUUCUGAGGAAUAAUAUUUACUAGAGUGGACUUUAACCAAUUUAUGCCCUUGGUUAUCAUGUCCACUGUAUUCUUGUGUGGACAGAAGCAGAUUCUAUGUGUAACAUUGAAAUUAUUUGAAAUAAUCUUAUCACAUCAGCAAACUUGUUGGAUCUCAA